CUGACCUUUUCAGAGUUUUCUCAGUCUGCCGUCCAUGCACGCCAACUCCAUCGCCACCACCAGCACCGCCACCGCCGGCUCAGCCACCACCUGUGACGGAGACGCUCAGUGAGUCAUGGGGAACUAUAAUGCGUGUCUUCGCCGUAACAACGCCCAAGAACACUGCCACAAGAAGAAGAAGAAGGAGAAGAAGGCCCGAGUCCGCGGACCCCAACCCAAUCCCUACUCGGAUCCCCAGGGCCCGAUCCGCGUCCUGAAAGACUUCGCCCGCCGGAGCCGCAUCGGCGACAAGUACGUUCUGGGUCAGGAGCUGGGCCGGGGAGAGUUCGGAGUGACCCACCUUUGCACCGACCGGGAGACCCGGGAGGCCCUGGCCUGCAAGUCGAUAUCGAAGAAUAAGCUGCGGACGGCGGUGGACGUGGAGGACGUCCGGCGGGAGGUGGAGAUAAUGUCUAAAAUGCCGGAGCACCCGAACGUGGUGAGGUUUCGGGCAAGCUACGAGGACGACGAGGCGGUGCACCUGGUGAUGGAGCUGUGCGAGGGCGGCGAGCUCUUCGACCGGAUUGUGGCGAGGGGCCACUACAGCGAGCGGGCGGCCGCCGGAGUGGCGAGGACUGUGGCGGAGGUGGUGAGAAUGUGUCACGAGAACGGGGUGAUGCACAGGGACUUGAAGCCGGAGAAUUUCUUGUUUGCCAGCAAAAAGGAGAAUUCUCCUCUCAAGGCCAUUGAUUUCGGCCUCUCCGUCUUCUUCCAACCUGGGGAGAGGUUUUCAGAGAUUGUGGGUAGUCCCUACUACAUGGCGCCUGAGGUUUUGAAGCGAAAUUAUGGACCAGAGGUCGAUAUAUGGAGUGCCGGCGUGAUUCUUUAUAUAUUGUUAUGCGGGGUUCCUCCAUUUUGGGCAGAAACCGAACAGGGUGUUGCACUGGCGAUCCUGCGCGGGGUGAUUGAUUUCAAGAGGGAGCCAUGGCCUCAGGUUUCUGAUAAUGCCAAAAGCCUCGUUCGGCAGAUGUUAGAGCCAGACCCCAGAAAACGAUUGACUGCUCAGCAGGUGCUUGAGCACCCCUGGAUACGAAAUGCGAAGAAAGCUCCAAAUGUCCCAUUAGGAGAUAUAGUGAGAGCAAGGCUCAAACAGUUUUCUGUGAUGAACAGAUUCAAAAAGAAAGCAUUGAGGGUAAUUGCAGAGCACUUAUCAGUUCAAGAGGUUGAAGUAAUCAGAGACAUGUUUAUGUUGAUGGACACUGACAAUAAUGGAAAAGUAACAUACGAGGAACUAAGGGCAGGGCUUCGGAAGGUUGGUUCGCAAUUGGCUGAACCUGAAAUGAAGUUGCUGAUGGAUGCGGCUGAUGUUGAUGGGAAUGGAGUACUGGAUUAUGGGGAAUUUGUUGCUGUAACCAUUCAUCUACAGAAGAUGGAGAAUGAUGCACAUUUCCGGCAAGCAUUUAUUUUUUUCGAUAAAGAUGGAAGUGGUUUUAUUGAACUUCAUGAGCUACAAGAAGCCUUGACAGAUGAAUCAGGUGAAAUUGAUGCUGAUGUACUUAAUGAGAUCAUGCGAGAGGUUGACACUAAUAAGAUUAGCACUUCAUGCCUUCCCUUCCUCCUCCUAUCUCUUUUGUCUUUCCAUAAUAAUUGGCCAAAGAUUUAUCAGGAUGGGAAAAUCAGUUAUGAUGAGUUUGUCGCUAUGAUGAAAGCUGGAACUGAUUGGAGAAAAGCAUCUCGUCAGUAUUCGAGGGAGAGAUUCAAGAGCUUGAGCCUUAACCUGAUGAAGGAUGGCUCCUUGCAGCUUCAGGAUGGGGUCACUGGUCAAACAAUUAUGGUUUGAGCUGAAUGGUGCUUAUCUUGUUUCCUCGGCACCCCCUGAAUGAUGCUUUGCUUCCAAGAUUCAGAAUGAAGAUGCAUCCUAUAUGAGGAAAGUUGGGAUGUGGAUUAUUACUGAAAAAUCAGGUUUUUGAGGAUCUUGAUGUCCCCAGUGUACCUGCAUUUCAAGUUGGAUCUGUUUUCUUUUGCACCAUGUAAGUAUGGAUUGUAGAAGCACAUUCCUGUGCGAGAAAUUGUGAAGGUACAUAUUACAAUUAUUUCAAAUAUGUGUCACCAUGUAUAUUGAUUAUGUUUUUUGCAUUUGAUGAUCAGUGAUUUGUGCUUUCAUAACUUUGUGUAAAUAAUAGUCAGGUAGUUAUUUGAUGGAUAUGUGAAUUCAUGGAAAGUCCACAAUCUCUAUGUUGUACAUAUAUGAGACAGGUCAUAAUUUUCAA